UACAUUUGUGGACUCAUUAAUGGAUCUUAUGUGUAGUGCUAUUAUGAAUAUUUGUCUUUAUCUUAUCGAGAAGUCUGACACUGUUAAUUAUCCAAGAGGAAGGCAUCGGCUCGAAUAUGUCGGAAUAAUGAUGUGCGCAAGUUUGAUGGCGUUCGCAAACUUGUCUAUGGCUUUACAGGCGUUCAAUAAUAUUGAAGACGAAUCUAGUAAGCCUGAAAUGACAUUGCCAACGGGAUUAAUCGUCGGGACUCAAACUGUUUUGAAAGGACUAAUGUCUUGGAUCUGUUAUCGAAGGGCUUCACCUUCUUCAGUGGUUGUUGCAAUGGACUUGAGGAAUGAUGUAGCAACCCGGAUAUCUGCUGUAGUGUUCGCAUUCAUCGGGGAUCGUUACUGGAGAUUAGCAGAUCCAAUAGGAGCAAUAGCUAUUUGUUCAGUGAUAGCUGUAUCAUGGUUCAACCAUGCACUGCAACAUAUUCCCCAGCUAGUAGGUAAAACAGCCAAGCAGGAGCAACUGAGCAGGAUCCUCAAGCUAGCUAUUGAUCACGACUCGAAAAUAAAAUGUUUGGAUCAUGUGAUGGUGUACCACACUGGCGAAAAGGCCUUCGUUGAGCUGCAUGUUGUAAUGGAUGCACAACUCACAUUGAAGGUAAGGAAAAGAGCAUCAUGGCCACUUAGCACACCUCAAAAGUAAUA